UUAUUAUAGCCUAAUAUUUUCAUUUAAAAUUAUCAAACAAAAAUGUAGACGGGUACAAAAUGUAUAUUUAUUUUAUUGUAUUGGAAAAUGUGGAUCUGAGUAAGAAGAAUAAAUAAUUAGAACAAAUUUUUACAAAACUAAAUCUGAAACCCUCAAGGUAAGCCAGAGGGGCUAGCCAACAAACUGUCGGAGAACUCUGUCAUGUCUUUUAGGAACUCCAGUUGUUACACGUUGAUUUGAUGAGUUGAGUCUUGUCUUCUUCGCCACUGUUCCUGGCUUUGUGUUAUAACAACCCCUCUCCUCCCCUCACCUUCCGAGAACUAAAAAACAGACCAAACGUCUCAAACCCGCAUAACAUUUGAUUCUUAACCUUCCAGAGAUCUAUAGAGAGAGAGAUGGGAGCAGCGUCCAUGGAGAGAGAAAAUGGUGCUGUAGCGGCGGCGGCGGCGGCGACGACGGAGAUGUUAUCUCCUCCUCGGGUGAAUUCGCCGCGUCAAGCAUUGGUUGAGAGAUUGAAAGAUUAUGGACAAGAAGAUGUUUUCGCUCUUUUGGAUGAGCUCUCACCAGACGAGCGAGAUUUCCUUGUCAGAGAUAUCGAGAACUUGGAUCUUCCAAGAAUAGAUCGGAUCAUCAGAUGCUCACUUCACUCUCAAGGUUUGCCUGUGGCGGCGAUCGAGCCAGUGCCCGAGAACUGGGUCGCUACGGUAGAUAGAAGAACAAUGGAAGACAGAGAGAAAUGGUGGAAGAUGGGAUUAAAGACUAUCUAUGAAGGCAAAUUAGGAGUUGUGCUUUUGUCUGGUGGACAGGGAACAAGGCUUGGAAUUUCAGAUCCCAAAGGAUGUUUCAACAUUGGACUACCGUCAGGGAAGUCGCUCUUUCAGAUUCAAGCAGAGAGAAUCUUGUGUGUCCAAAGACUUGCUGCUCAAGUAGUGAGUGAAGGUGGUCCAACUCGGCCAGUAACAAUACACUGGUAUAUUAUGACUAGUCCAUUUACUGAUGAGGCGACACGAAAGUAUUUCUCAAGUCACAAGUACUUUGGCCUUGAACCAGAUCAAAUUAGUUUCUUCCAACAAGGUACGUUGCCUUGCAUUUCAAAGGAUGGGAAGUUUAUCAUGGAGACACCUUUCAGUCUAGCUAAAGCUCCAGAUGGUAACGGGGGAGUCUAUGCUGCUCUUAAGUCUUCAAGGUUAUUAGAGGAUAUGGCUUCUAGGGGAAUCAAAUAUGUAGACUGCUAUGGCGUCGACAAUGUUUUGGUUCGAGUAGCUGAUCCUACUUUCCUAGGAUACUUUAUCGACAAAGGUGCUGCUUCUGCUGCAAAAGUUGUGCGGAAGGUUGGAGUAUUUGUUAGAAGAGGAAAAGGUGGACCGUUGACUGUAGUUGAGUACAGUGAGCUAGAUCAGCCAAUGGCUUCUGCUAUUAAUCAACGAACAGGACGUCUUCAAUAUUGCUGGAGUAACGUGUGCUUAAACAUGUUCACGUUAGACUUUCUAAAUCAAGUAGCGACCGGCCUAGAAAAAGACGGCGUCUACCAUUUGGCAGAGAAGAAGAUACCGUCUAUGAAUGGAUACACAAUGGGACUGAAACUAGAACAAUUCAUUUUCGAUUCGUUUCCUUAUGCUCCUUCAACCGCACUCUUUGAGGUGUUAAGAGAAGAAGAGUUUGCACCAGUGAAGAAUGCAAAUGGGUCGAACUUUGACACACCGGAAAGUGCGAGGCUUUCGGUACUAAGACUACACACACGUUGGGUCAUAGCAGCUGGUGGAUUUCUUACACAUUCUGUGCCUUUAUAUGCAACUGGUGUUGAGGUUUCACCGUUGUGCUCGUACGCGGGAGAAAAUCUUGAAGCUAUUUGUCGUGGAAGAACGUUUCAUGCACCUUGUGAAAUAUCCCUCUAACGAUUUUUAUUUUCUUUUGGUAUUGAAAUGUCUUCUUUUGCUUUUUGUCUUCUUUCGGCUGUGGUUUAUAUAUAAACUUAAAUCUCCCCAUGGGAGAGAGUGGUCUUGGUGUUUUGGUAUCCAUUGUAACAUAUCUAAUAAAAAGUUGUUGGUUUCUUAAA